CGUCUAGGUUAUGGCGUUAUAAACAAAAGUAUGCUGCGCACGAUUGACGCGUCCGUGAGUCCGUCGUGAGCUCGGGCCGCGAGCGUGGAGCCAGGCCCGGGGCAUGGAGGCCGGCCCGGGGCUGAGCCUGUUCCAGGGCUCGGAGAGCAUACAGCUGAACGCGGUGGCGCAGGGACUCGAGGAGGACGAGGAGCAGGAGGACAAGAGGCGACUCAACGAGGAGAUUCGGGACCGCCUGGACAAGGAGUUUGACGAUUUGGAGAAUGACGACGACGUCAGUUCCAUCAACAGUAGUUAUUAUCAGCACGACAACACCAGAGGCACCGCCGACCACUCCGGCACGAUGGUAAACUCCGGCCUGGAGUCGGUCACGUCCGCCAAGGGUCAGGUGGCGGUGGCGCAUCUGCAGAAGGAGUUCGGUGUUUACGAUCGGCCGGAGAAUCUGAACAGUUACGAUCGCGCGGACAAUCUGAACAGUUACGAUCGCGACGCGAUAACGAAUCAUAGAUCCGACUCCGAGAUCGGCGGUGGGACCGGGCAGUCCGAGUACGAUUUGUACGGGCAGACCGGGACGCCGUACGGUAACAGCAGGUUCAACGAUAACAGCGUCAACAGCUCCACGCAUGAGACGCCGUACGAGUUGGCGAGGCCACCGGCCACCGGGUAUCCCCGCAAGAUGCACCCGCAGUCGGCCGAGGAGUGCACGUUCGGCGAGAACUACCCUCACAACUACGAGACGCCAUCCAAUCAUUACAAUACUCACGUACCCAACAGGAAAUACUCCAAUAACGGUAUUAGCGACGCGUAUGAGAAUAAUGUACAAAGUAAGCAGAUCCACGAGUUCGGCGGGGGCGACAACGCCACGUCGGACCACGUGAAUCAUUGCUAUAAGACUAGUCCGAAUGGCAGGCCAGUAGACGACGAUGUAGCGUACAAAACGGCGGAGUAUGAUAGCAAGGAGCAAUUGGAGAUAAUGUAUAUGGUCAGGAUGAGGGAGAUCAAGCGUUUGACGGAAGAGCUGCAGCAGCUGCAGCUGGAGAAGGAGGACGAGAAGAAUCAGAUGAGCAGGCGACUGAUGCUGUUGCAGGCGGAGGUCGAUAGGACUAACUUGUCGAGGAAUCAAGCGCAAGAGGCACUGGUCGAUGCCAAGGCCGAGAUUGCUGAUUUGAAAAAUAGAAUGACGUCUCUGAAAGAGAAGAAUGCAGUUUUAGAGAGGACGAAUCAAAAUAUAACGGAAGAAAUGAAUAUUGCGAAGGGCUCUGUCAUGGAUUUGCAACAAAAGAUUGUUGUACUGGAGAGAACACAGGUGUUGCAAACGAAUGACAAGACGCACGAGAAGUUUUUGAGGCAGGCGCAGGAAAAACACGCGGUUGAGAUGAGAAAUAUGCAGAAGCAGAUAGACGAUCUUACGGACAAGUUGAACGCCAAGCUGCUCGAUAAGGACACCGGCAACAAUAAUGUUUGGGAAACUUCGUGUGUCGCUCUUGAACAUAAAUUGGAUGAUGCACGAAGAGCACAUGAAAGUCUCAUGGUGGAGAAGGGUGACACUAUGAAUCGAUUGGCGCAAGCGUUGCAAGACAGUCAGACUCAAUGUCGCAAUCUCAUGGCCACUAAUAACGCUCAGCAGGUGAUGCAGUUGCAAGCCCAGGUGAAAAUGUUGACUCAAGAAAAGGAUGAACUGCAUACAAACGUACACGAGUUGCAGAAUAAACUGGAAUCAGCUAAAAGUGACGUAGCGCAAUACGAUUCGUUGUUGAAUACUCUGGAGGACGAAUCUGACUCGAUUAGACAGAUGAAAUUAGGUGAGCUUCAUAAAUCGAAAUCGAAGCCCGUUGACGACAUCACAAAUAAAUUGAGAGGAGAACUGCAUAGAUGCCUUGCUGGCCAAGCUAUGAAGAGAAAGGAAAUAAACCGUUUAGAGAAUACUCUCUCGCAGAAAGAAAAGGAGUUGGACAAAGCUUUGAUAUUAGCUGAUACAUGCCGUCAGGAAGCGGCACAGUAUGCUAAGCGAAUUAACGAACUGGAACAAGAACUGAGAUCGGUAUUAACAGACGAGGCCGUGAAAGCAAAUGCAAAAAUACAGAAACUCUCGGAUCAUUUGACUGACGUGAAAAAGCAGUAUGAGUUGUUGCGCGAAGAGAAGAUGAAUUUGGAAUGGAAAUUAGAGGAGACUCUAGCUGUUAAUCAGGAGAAACUUGAAAAGAUGCAUCAAGAGACUAUGGAGCAGCAAGAAAAGGAAGCUAUCGAUGAGUAUAAUAAAGAGUACCUGGAGAUACACGCUAAAGCCGUAGAGAGAGUGAAACAAGAGGCACAAGUGGAAAUAAUACAAUUGACUGUACAAUUAGAUCAAACGCAAAAGGAGUUAGAUCAUGUAAAAGAAUUGUACAUAAAUGUAUGCGGAACGAAAGAACAAUUAAUAAACGAGCAUGAAAAUGAAAUUAAAACGCUAAAAAAUAAAUACGCUACAAUGGAAUUACAUCAGAAGGACAUGGAGAAAUUGGCAAGUGAAUUACAAACGCAGGUUAAACUGUGUAAUAAGUUGACAAAGGAAUGCGAAGACUUCAAAAGCAAGAUAAUCGAAUUGGAAAAGGAUCUAGUACACGAAAGAAGAAAGAAGGAGGAUCAUGUAAAAAAGAUACAUUUAGAGAUAGAAAGAGCGAAAGAAGAAGCGCUACACGAACUAAGAAAUGCUCACCCGAAUCAAGAAAUAAGUUUCCAUCUGCCGGAUCACUGUUCUGAACAUUUAGAAAAAAUUAAUCAGCUGGAGGAAGAUUGCAGACGCUUGGAAGAGAAGCUUCAAGCCGCUGUGCAAGAACAGAAAAAAUUAUCGGAAUAUCAAACCGAAUUGAAUGAUGCUAAAUUGAAAAUAGCGCAGAUGGAAAUCACACAGGAAUCGUGGAAGAAGAAAUUCGAGAAAGUUGCCAGCGAGAGAAAGGAACUUCUCGCAAAAGUUUCCAAAUUAGAUUUAGAAUUGUUGGAUUUGAAACGCACCGCGAAGCUGGAAGACUCGGAUGAUGUAAAAUUGAAAAUUGCUCGGUUUCAAGCGGAGAACGAAACGCUAAAAAGUCAAUGCGACAGUCUGCUCAGUGAGAAAAACACUUGUAAAGAGAAGAUCUCUGAAUUAGAAACAGAGCUCUUCGACAUGAGAAAGAAAGUUAGUAGCUUCGAGGGAAGGUUAAGGAAAAGCGGCGAAAGUACAUUAAAUUCGAAGAGUGAGUUAGAGAAGGAACUAUCUAAUUACAAAGAGUUGGUCACACAAUUAUCCAGGCUAAAUAACUCGAAAGAGGGACGCGCGAUCGAAUCAGCAGUGCUGGAACAAAGGAUACAACAACUCGAGCAUGACUUACGGAAUAAGGACGAAAAACUGAACAGAUUAUUGAAAGAUUUCGAGAAGAUAAAAGACGAGAGAGACCAGCUGGUGAUGAAAUUGCGAAAUCAAGCCAAACAAUUCGAGCAAUAUGUCAAGAGCCAGAAUAAAGUUUCUGCGGAAUUGAAUCUGUCUCCCCGCAGUACGGGCGAUAGUACGGACUUCCAGAAGAUGAAGGAGAUUAUUGCGAAAGAGGUGCGGGAAGAGAUGGAGCAGAGAGUAGCGAAGGAGCUCAGAGGAAUCGGAGAGCAGAAUAGAAAGGAGCUGGAAAGCGUGGAGGAAAAGUAUAAAACUACUAUAUUAGAAUUGCAAAAGCAGUACAGUGAGAAGGAACAGGAGAUGGAAACCUUGCGGGAGAAGAUACAGGCUGAGAAAAUGAAGGUCAAUAAAAUCAUUGGGAGCAAACUGGAGAUAUACAACCAGGCGCUGCAAACGCGAAGAUUAUGCAUCGAGAAACUGAAGGAGGACCUGCAGAGAAAGGAGAACGAAAUUGAAGAGGAUAGGAAUUACAUGGCCGACAUAAUGACCAAGUGGGUCGCCGAGCUAAAAGAGGGUAAAGCCAAGGAAAAGGAGAAGGACGAGGAGAUACAGAAGCUAAAAUCUACUCAAGGAAAAUUGAGCAGCGAGAUCAAGACGCUGAUGGACAAACAGAAACAUGUGAAGAACAAAUAUCAAAAAGCGAAAGAGACCGCGUACAAUUACAAGAACUUUGCGGAGAGGAAUCGGGAGUUUCUGUCGCGUGAGUGUAAACGUAUCGAGGAGGGAUACAAAAAGGCCAUGGAACAAGUACAACAAGAGUUUCAGACGCACGACGAGCAGUACGCCGCGAAAGUCAAGGAACUUCAGAAUCAGUAUGCAGAAAAAGAAGAACAAAUGCGACUGAAGUACAAAAAUAAAUGUUGAAGUACGUAUUAAGUAUUCUCUAAAUACAUAUAUGCAAUAUAUAUAUAUAGCUUUCCUCCCGCUAAGAUAAAGUGGUAGUUACAGAGGCUAGAUACCUUCUUUGUCUUUAAUUUAAAGCACAUAAUUGUACAACAGUUUAUUAGUGAAGUUUUAUGUUAGGGACCAAUAUACAUGUAUAAGAGAAACCAUACGAUACCGGUAAAGUUAUUACCGCGUUUGCUUGCCAAUCUCGAAUCUCGACAAAGCGGCGACGCUAAAUGUAGCUCUAAAGCUAUAAACAUCUGAAGUACAAUUAGGUAAUCAUAAUAUAAUAGUAUGCAUAUUAUUAGUCGAUAGGGAAAAAAUCGUUUUUAUAUAAUAUUACCCAGUAUCACCCAAUAGAAUCUCUAUUCUGGAAAACCAUCGGAGCCGAACUGCUCCUUUAUUCUUUCUUUCUCAUUCUACAUCGCGCGGUCGCGCGACAAGUGUGUGAAGGCAGAGCGAUGCAAGAGAAUUAUAGUUUACAUGGGAUGGCCGUUCUAGAAUAGAGAGAGAGACCCGCGAUAAAGGGGAACAGAAUAGAGAUAUUCUAUUGUAUCACAAUUUUUAUAUAAGUCGUCUGCAAGACGAAACGGUAUACAAGCUCGCGAACAAAAGGGAAAGCUUUAGUCACAUGUUUCCGCUGAGCAUUGUUAUGACAUAAUACGCAAGACUGGAUCUCUCUGUCGGAUCUUUCUCUCUUUCUUUUCACUCUUACGAAAGUAAGCGCGAUAAAGAGAGAAAAUCAAACAUAGACUUUAAGAAAAACGUUCAAUUUUCGACCUCGCGCUCUUUUCUCUUUCUCUCUCUUCCUCUAUGCCGCGUAGCGGGGUUGAAAAUUAUCUCGUUGUUCCGCCAACGUUUAUUCUCGAGCAUUAGGCUUCUGUUUAUAUCUCGUGCGCGAGAAGAAGCAGGAAAUAAUAUCGAAAUUGUACAAAGUAUAACUUUUCGAGAUUUAUAUAUGACACGUUCUAUAACUAGAAUUCAAUAAAAUUCAAAUUGUAUUAAACAUUUUUUAGUGCGUUAGGUAGCGGAAUUAAUGCCCGUUUCUACCAAUGCGGAUUAACUUUAAUCUCGGUUUAAAUUGCUUUUUAUCGUUUUCUAAUUUUUAAAACUAGAAAGAGAUCUAAAGUAAGUUAAACCGAAAUUAAAGUUAAUCUACAUCGUAGAUCGUAGAAUCGGGCGUAAGUAACAAACGUUUACGUUAUUUUUAAGUCUCAAGUGACUUUAAAAUGUACAUUUAAGUAACAAUUAGAUCUGAGGCUUUCGUAUCUCUUUUUUUUCUUAUUUACUGAAAAAAUUUGACGAACCGUCUAAUCGAACGAGCAAGACGCGAAAAUUCUUCCCUCCUCCAUCGUUUCUCUCUUUCUUUUCUCUCUACCUCUCAAUUUACUUUUUAUUAUUGUGUGCAAUUUCAGUGAACGGCCAAUUACGUGUCGGCUUGUAUAAGAAUCGCGGAUUAUAAUAUAAAUCAAAUCCCUGUGUAUAUCUCUUUUAUGCGAAGAUCUUGAUAAGAUUUAUUUCGGCAUCGAUCCGUCGCAUGCCCGUGCGUUUAAGUAAGUAAACAUUAGUUCACCAGUGUCGUCACUGAAUAUAGAGAAGUAUUAUUAAUAUUAGUUAUUGUAUUUUUGUAUGUAGAGUGUAUUAAUUUAUUUUUUGUAAUAAAGAAUUUUAUGUCGCUGUCGAAGUAUAUAUCGUCGGUACAUUACUUCACUCCGAUAAUCUUUGUUUUACGUAUGUAAAAGUUUGUAACGUUAACGUUAAAACGUGGAAAUUUUAACAAUAAAUAAACGGCAUUCAGAGUCGAAUGUAGUAUGUAUUUAUAGAGAUAUACCACGGAGAGAAUUUUCUCUUAAAUUUCACCCUGAAAAUCAUGUAAUCGUGGGACAACAUGGCAUUUUA